AUGAAGAACCAAACACUGGAUCCUGUAUUCAUUCUUUAUGGACUCUCAGAUCUUCCAAGCCAGAGGGUUCUUCUAUUGGUUAUUUUUCUCCUUACCUUUCUUAUGACUGUGGCCACCAACCUGCUCAUUCUUCUACUGAUUGUCACCGACUCAAACCUUCACACACCCAUGUAUUUCUUCCUGGGUAACUUGGCAACUCUGGAUGUCUGUUACUCCUCUGUCACUUCCCCGCGUAUGCUCUAUGACUUAUUCAGUAUGAAGAACACUAUUAAUUUAACUGCUUGUACAACUCAAAUCUUUUUCUUCGUCUUUUUUCUCAGCGCUGAGGUGUCACUACUCACGAUAAUGUCAUAUGACAGGUAUGUCGCCAUUUGUCUUCCUCUGCAUUACAUUCAGAUUAUGCACCGCAAAUUCUGUGCUAUGCUCACAUCAAUCGCAUGGAUAAUUGGUUUUCUCUAUUCAUUGACACAUACACUUUUAACAAAGCGAUUGACAUUUUGUGGGCCAAAUGUUAUCCAGAAUUUCUUCUGUGAUUUACCCCAGUUAUUCCAGCUAUCAUGCUCUGGAGUGUUUCUGAACAUUUUAUUAAUAUUUGUCUUCGGGGGAAUAUUAGGAAUGGGUUCAUUUACAAUCACUGUUAUAUCCUACAUAUUUAUUUUUGUCUCAGUUGGGAAAAUUUCUACCAACACUGGGAAGAGCAAAGGCUUCUCAACUUGUGUGACUCAUUUGAUUGUGGUCACCAGUUUUUACAGUACACUUUUCUUUACAUACUUCCGCCCCAAUACAAGUUAUCAGUUUGCGCAGGACAGAUUAAUAUCACUAAUUUAUGCAAUAAUUACCCCAUUUUUAAAUCCCCUCAUAUAUAGUCUUAGAAACAAUGUGCUGAAGAAGGCACUAAAAAGGUUUCAAAUAAAAUCUACUCUUUUGCCUUAA